AUUUUGAUACAAAAAUAUGUUGAAUGUAGUUUAAUUUUGUGAUUAAAUUAAAAAUCUACCGAAAAUGUUACAGCGCUUGCUUCAAGUUCGCUUAGAUCUUAUAAUAUCUAGUAGGCAUACAAACUUACUGUUGAGAAUUCCAAUUAAAAGUCAGUCAUGUAAUCAUUGCAAGUUUAGAUUACUUUCUAGUCACAAGGACGUGAAAUAUUACGAAAAGUCUUCCUUCAAUAAGACAAGAAUACUUUGGAUUAAACCACGGUAUUUCAGCAGUCAAGUAGAUGCUGACAAAAAGAGUGAACCGACAGAUUGUGUGAACGAAUCUAGUUUAAAACCUACCAAGAAAAUUAAUGUAAAAUUAAAGACAUCGGAAUUGAAAAGGUUGUUUACUUUAGCUGAACCUGAAAAAUGGACCCUGGCCGGUGCUAUAAGUUUUUUAGUAGUAUCAUCAAGUGUUACAAUGGCAGUGCCUUUUUCCCUCGGCAAGGUAUUGGACAUAAUAUACAGUAGUACAAGCGAUCUUGGAGCAGCUAGAGAGAAGCUGGACACCCUGUGUCUUAUGCUCUGUGGAGUAUUUUUAGUAGGAGGUCUAUGUAACUUUGGGAGAGUUUAUUUAAUGUCUAUCUCUGGUCAAAGAAUGACACAAGCACUACGUAAACAAGUGUACAGUGCCAUAAUGAGACAAGAACCAGCUUGGUUCAGCAAGACAUCCACCGGUGAACUUGUGAACCGACUGUCAGCAGACACACAGCUUGUUGGCAGAAAUUUGAGUGAAAAUGUUAGUGAUGGUCUGCGAUCACUCUUUAUGGUGGGAGCUGGGACUGGAAUGAUGUUCUACAUGUCACCAUCACUAGCUUUAAUUGGCCUGUGUGUGGUUCCCCCCGUGUCCAUGCUAGCUGUUGCAUAUGGACGCUUUGUUCGAGGUAUAACACGACAGUUGCAGGAUACAUUGGCUGAAACAAGUGAGUUGGCUGAAGAAAAAAUUUCAAACAUAAAGACUGUAAAAGCAUUCAGUAGGGAAAAGCAAGAAUGUGAAGCUUAUGGGAGGAAAAUAGAAGAUUUGCUAAAGCUUGCAUACCAAGAAUCAUUGGCUGUUGGAAGUUUUUAUGGAAUGACCGGUCUUUCGGGGAACAUAAUCAUAAUAUUGGUGUUAUACUACGGGGGCGGUAUGGUGGCCACGGAACAGUUGUCCGUUGGCAAUCUGACUUCGUUCCUGUUGUACGCCGCAUAUGUCGGCAUCAGUAUCGGGGGUCUGAGCAACUUCUACACUCAGCUGAAUAAGGGGGUCGGUGCAGCUACUAGACUGUGGCAGAUCAUAGACAGGGAGCCUAGUAUACCGGUUUCAGGUGGCCUAAGACCCAUAGAGAGACCUAGAGGCGAAAUAAUCUUGGACAACGUGUGGUAUUGCUAUGGAGGAUCACCCUUAAUAAAGGGGUUAAGUUUACACCUUUUACCCGGCAAGUCUGUAGCAUUGGUUGGUCGAUCAGGGUGUGGGAAGAGUACGAUAGCCUCCCUUAUACUGCGUCUGUACGACCCGGAUAAAGGAAGGAUCAUGUUGGACGGUGUGGACAUAAGGGAAUUGGACCCCAUGUGGCUGAGAAGUCACAUUGGAUUCGUUAGUCAGGAACCUGUUUUAUUUAACGGAUCAAUAAAGGAAAAUAUUUUGUAUGGCGCACCCGAUGGCUACGAGAUCGAAAAUGACGACGAAAAGAAAGAACCGGCGUGGCUAAAAGCAGCUCGUACGGCCCAUCUCCACGACAUGGUGGUGGGCAGCAAGGAAGGAUGGCACCGAAACGUGGGCGCCAGGGGAGGUCAACUGAGUGGAGGCCAGAAGCAGAGGGUUGCCAUAGCGCGUGCCAUCGUCAAGAACCCAAAAAUCUUGAUACUGGACGAAGCUACCUCAGCGCUGGACGCGUAUUCCGAAUAUUUAGUCGAUAAAGCUCUCAAAGAGAUCAGUAAAGACCGCACCGUGCUCACAAUAGCCCAUAGACUAAGCACGAUACAAUCGGCCGACGAAGUGGCGGUACUAGAGAACGGAGUAGUCAUAGAGACGGGUACUUACAACGAACUGAUGGCCAAACAGGAUGGGUUCUUCAGGGAACUGAUCACACAUCAAACAUUCGCCUCGAAAUCGAGGGAAAAUAACAGAGAGAUACACAAUUCCGUUUAAGAGUUUGGGGCUCUCGUGCAAAGAGUGCGUGCGUGAGUUGCGUGAAAUGAGUUUUAACUUUUUUUUUUGGAAUGUAUUUCUUUUUUAUGGGUUCUAUUUGUGGCCAUAUACUCAAAAAGUUCUAGAUUUGAAUGUUGCUGGCAGUUUUUAGUGAAAUACUUUAUUUCUUUUUUUUUUAACUUUAACAAGCGCGUUCAAAUUACAAAUGUAUAAGGAUUUAGCAAAUUUCAACUUUGUUGUGUUGUAAUAAAUGCGUCAGUUAUUCAUCAGGAUGAUUCGACCGCGCUAUAAAAAAUGUUAAUGCGAGUUUUGAAUUUAAAUACUUGAGUGUUUGGUUGUUUGUGAUUUACUGAUUGUUGGCAGUGCAUGGGAGCCCUUGAUACAUUCUUAUAGAAGAAUUUAACCAAAGCGGGAUCAAUGUGUUUUCCAAUACUGUUGUUAGUUAAUUUUAAUUUUACUAUUGUUACAUGGUAUUUAUUAUCUAUCGAACAAAUUAUUUAUUUAUUGACACUAUGGGUGCUAAAAAGCUGGAAAACUCAAAUAACAAUAUACUUAUAACUUUUUUUUAAUCUACUUCGAGAAAGUAUUACAAUCUGUUUUGUUGGAUUUUGAUUUUAAAAUUUUACAAGCAACUAGCAAACCAGGCGAACUCCGUUUCGCCAUCAGAUGGCUUCGUUUUAUGUAACAUUUCGUUUGGUGAUUAAAAGAAGAUUUUUUUUUUGAAAUUUUUCCUGAAUUUUCUCUGCUAUAAACCUCACGGAGCCCGAGACCUUU